AAAAGUGAAUCUCUAUUUACCGGCAUUUUUGUAAUAAAAUAAUAAAAUUGAAUUGUUUUAAAAGAAUUUAUUUGUAAAAUUAUGUCUUCGCCCAUGUCAAAAUCUCCAGAACUAUCUGAUAAAAGUAAAAAAUAUGACAGACAAAUACGUUUGUGGGGCGAACAUGGUCAAUCUUUGCUAGAAAAUGCCAAUGUUUGUUUGAUUAAUGCAACAGCCUUAGGAUGUGAAAUUUUAAAGUGUCUAAUUUUACCUGGGGUUGGAGGAUUUACAAUUGUUGAUGGGAAUGUUGUAACUGAUGAAGAUGUUGGAACUAAUUUUUUUCUUGAACCAACUUACGUAGGACUUCCUAAAGCGAAAUGCUGCAUGCAACUGUUGAGGGAAUUAAAUCCAGAUGUCAACGGCGAUUAUAUAGAUGAAAGUUGUGAUAACAUUCUUUUAAAUAGACCGGAUUUUUUCGAAAAUUUUAGUGUUAUCGUUGCUUCGUCAUUAAAUGAAAAGACAUUGCUAAACUUGUCUCGGAAGCUAUGGGAUUUAAAUAUACCCUUCUUUUAUUGCAGAUCUGUAGGAUUUUUUGGUUCUAUAAGACUGCAGAUCAAAGAACAUACAAUCGUUGAAACACAUCCCGACAACCCACAAUAUGAUUUGCGUUUGGAAAAACCAUUUCAGAGUUUAAAACAACAUCUAGAUGCAGCAACAUUAUCUCCUAAAAUGCCAUGGCUGGUAGUUCUAUAUAAGUUUUUGCAAGAAUGGUCUAAAAAUAACGAUGGAAAAAUGCCAAAAACUUACAAAGAAAAAUCUGAACUAAGAGAGAAAAUUCGUAAUGCAAUGGAAAAAGAUGAGGAGAAUUAUGAGGAAGCAAUUAAAGCAAUCAAUUCUGUUUUUGGUCAUGGUCAAGUUUCUUCUUCCCUUUUAAAAAUAUUUAACGAUGAUGCCUGCAAUAAUUUAACAAAAUCGAGUACACCUUUUUGGAUCAUAGUAAGAGCCAUUAAAGAAUUUAUAAAUGAUGAUAACGAUGAUAUGUUGCCUCUUCCUGGAAUUUUGCCAGAUAUGACAGCGGACUCUGGAUCUUAUAUUGCUUUACAAAAUUUGUAUCGUCAUCAGGCAAUGAUAGAUGCAGGCAACGUGUAUCGUAGAUGCCAAGAAUUAUUGAAAGAAUUAGGGAUGCCUAGUGACACUGUUACCGAAAAAUCAGCAAGACUUUUUUGUAAAGAAACGAUAGGUUUAACGGUUAUUAGAGGCUCUAAAAUUUGUGAUGAAUACGAAAAACCAAAUCGUUUUCCUUCGAUCGUUCAAGAAUUGGAAACACCUGGCUCCCUAAUGGAACAUUAUAUGGCACUGACAGCUUUAGAAAAAUUUACUUCUGAACAUGGAUACACAGCAGGAGAAUGUAAUGUUGAAGUUGAUAUAGCGCGUCUUAAAAGUUUAGCUGGAAAAAUGUUAACAGAAUUAUGUGUUCACAAUCCUCUUAGUGAUGAUUUAGUUCACGAAUUGUGUCGUUAUGGGGGUAUAGAGCUUCAUAGCGUUGCCGCAUUUCUUGGUGGAUGUGCUGCUCAAGAAAUUAUAAAAGUUAUAACAGAGCAAUAUAAACCAAUUGAUAAUUGUUUUGUUUAUAAUGGAAUAACCACAGAAAGUGCAACUUUCAAAUUAUAAUUUAUAUUUUUAAUCUACAUACAUAUAUUUAAAUAAAAUUUAUUUGAAUGUGUUAAAACAAUAUUUAUGGUAUUUUUUCAUUAAAUUUAUACAUAAAUUACAUCUGUAACUAUUAUAAAUUAAAUAUGCAUAAUGAAUAACAUUGUAAAUGGA